AUGUUCACUAUCGUUUCUGAAAGAUUUGUGGGCGAGUGUGCUGUGGAGUAUGCCGCUGCACUAGACUUAGAACUCAAAACAGAAUACAAGGCUAGUUUCGAAGCUUUAGCCGACCAAGAAAACAAACAAGAGUUGCUCACAAAAGUGCUGGAAUCAAGCCAAGAUCUUGCCAAAUUGAGCGACACAGCUUUUGAGCCUACUUUCAACCUUCUCCUCCAUCUUAUAGAUAUCCUUAGAAGUGAAUUGGACGUGUCAUUGGAGCAACAAUUAGAGCCAGUUUUAACACAAUUACAAAAAAUACCUGUGGUUCCUGACGAUGUGCUCUCUAAGGAAAGAUCCCAGAUCAGAGUGAGCUCCCUGGUUUCGGCUCUUUCGAACCUGUUCAACUUUAUUCCUUCCCAAUCUUCUUUGAGAGUUGCCGUCCUCAAAACGAUUAUUUCCACAGUUUCCACGCAUUCUCUUUCUAACGUGGCUGGUCCGCUAGCUCAGUACUUGAAAGUGUGGUUACUUGAAUGUGGUGCUUCGAGUUCUGAUGUUCAAGAAAUUUACUUGCAAACCAUCGAGUUAUUGUUCAAGGAUCAAAAAGAUUCACAAGCCGUUCAAUUAUUCAAGGAGUUGGUCCAAAUAAGCAAUUCUUCCCUUUCUUCCUCCGAAUACUCGCGGUUCCUUGUGCUAUGCUUCAACUCUCCAGCAUACAUCGGUCUGGAUUCCAUCAACUUCGAACCAUUGCAGCAAGACCCUGUGCUCUACAGCUUGCUCUCGACCUACAAAGAUUCAAAUUUGCAGGAGUACGCUUCUCUCAGCAAAAGCCUUUCGUCAUACAACAUCGAUUCAGAAAACCUCAGCAACAAACUCAAAUUGGCUGCUGUGACUAGAAUCGCAUCCAAGAAGAGUCAACUUUCAUACACAGAGAUUUCUAACGAGUUGCAUGUUCCUUUGGACCAAGUGGAAGAGUUCUUAAUCAAGUGCAUCAAGUCUGGACUCAUUUCCGGAAGACUUGAUCAAGACAAGGAACUGUUCUACAUCCACAAGGUGUCCAAAUUGAAUUCCGUGAGUAAAGAGGACUGGGAAUUUAUUUCUACCAAGCUGUCUGGAUGGUCUGCUCAGAUCACUCAUCUCCAAACUGUCAUCGAAUCUACUCAGUCGAGAAAGGGUAAGAGAGUGCCACCACCUCAGGUUCUCCAGAAGUUUUACCAGCAAAAACAAGAAUUGAAGGAGCAGCUUCAACAGGAGAGAGAGAAGGAAGCACAGUAG